UGCCCUACAGAAGGAGGGAAGCAGAUUUGUGGUUGUUUUGGGUUAACAAAAGCCAGACAGAGGCUUUUCAAGCUUAUACUGGAUCACAUUUUUAGUUAAAGCCAUGAGAUUUAUACUUUGUGUAGCGCUGCUAUGGGUACUCUUUGUUGGGGAGCUUCAAGCAAGUAUGAAAUCUUCCUAUCCUGUCCUUGGAACUCAUGAUGGCCGUAAACCUGACCAGGUCUCAGGUGACCAGCUCCAUCCUCAACUGCCACACUUAUUUCACUGGCUCCAUCCUGUGCUCCAGGCUCAGGUCCAGCCUCUGGCCCAGGCCAAAACACAGUCCCAGUCCGAGCCUCAGAGCUCUCUGGCUCCUAGCUCCCAGCCCCAGUCUCGCAGCUACCUGCCCCAGCCACUGCCACAAGCUCGUGGCUAUCAACCGCAGGUCCAACCCCUCCCGCAGCCUUUGCUGCAGCCUGGUAGCUAUCAAGACCAAACCCAGGUCCAGCCUCAGACUCGCAGCUAUCACACUCAGGCCAAAGCUCAGCCACGGACUCAUACCUCCUGGGCUCAACCCCGGUCACAGACUCCCAGGUAUCAGGUCCAGCCACCUCUUCGCAGCUAUCAGGCACAGGCCCAUCCCUAUGCCUAUACCCAGACCCAACUUCGCAGCUUUCAGGGCAAUUCCCCGACCCAGCCACAGCCCCAACCUCGCAGCUAUAAGGCACAGGCCCACCCCCAGACUCAGCCCCAGCCUCGCGGCUUUCAGAGCCACCCCCAGACUCAGCCCCAGCCUCGCGGCUUUCAGAGCCACCCCCAGACUCAGCCCCAGCCUCGCGGCUUUCAGAGCCACCCCCAGACUCAGCCCCAGCCUCGCGGCUUUCAGAGCCACCCCCAGACUCAAAUCCAACCUCAACCUCGCAGCUAUAAGGCACAGCUAUAA